UCAGUUUCCCUCCUCCUUUCAGAGAGCAAGGCAGACUUACAGUACAGGAGAGGACGGUGCUGGAACAGUGUGGUGUGUCUGGACGUGUUUUAUCUUGACUCACAUCUGAAGAAGGAAAUACUGAUCUGCAAACAAGAGAGCAAGGCAGACUUGGAGCACAGGAGAGGACGGUGCUGAAACAGUGUGUUGUGUCUGUGUCUGAAGGGAAAAUGACUUAUCUGCCAACAAGUGUCCCCACUACCAUCAGCACUAUGGCAGCAGGUGAAGGCCUAAACAGCACAAAUGGAUCUGACUGUCCAAAUCCAGAAGAAACUGUGGCUUGGGUUGUCAGUGUGGUGCCGGUGUGUAUCCUGGUCUUCACUGCGCUGGGGAUCGUGUUUAAUGUGUUUGUCCUGAUGGUUUUCUUCCUCCACAAGAAGGCCUGCACCGUGCCCGAGAUCUACUUGAGCAACCUGGCUGCUGCUGACCUCGUCCUAUUGGCUUGUUUGCCCUUCUGGGCUGUCAACUUAUCCAAACAGCACAACUGGGUUUUUGGUCGGGUCAUGUGCCGUUUGGUCAACCUGGGCAUUAACAUGAACGUCUUCUGCAGCAUCUACUUCCUAGUUCUAGUGAGCAUAGAUCGCUAUGUGGCACUGGUGCACACAAUGUCCCAUAACAGAAUGCGUAGGCCAAAAUAUGCCAGACUGGGCUGUCUGAUGGUGUGGGGUUUCGGCUUGCUCAUGGGUGUCCCCACACUCGUUUACAGGGAACUGUUAACUAACUGUAAUCAUACUUAUUGCUUUCUUAACUAUACACUCCGUGAACAUUUGCUCUUUCAGGGGUUGCAGAUUUUGUUCAGCUUCAUCAUCCCCACUUUCAUUAUUUCUUUCUGCACUUUCAAGAUAAUCAAAGCUCUGCAAAACCGGUUAAAUGAGGGGUCAAGGAGCCAAAUUGUUGAGCACAAGGCCACCACUCUGGUGCUUGUGGUUCUCCUGGCUUUCGUGAUCUGCUGGUUGCCAUUUCACGUGUUUAGGAUAGUAGAAUUGCUGAAAUAUUCUGGACUCUCAGGGAUAAACACCAAGGUGGUGGACACCUGCGUCCAAAUCUUCGUCUACUUAGCUUACUUCAACAGUGUUCUCAACCCCCUCCUCUACGUCAUUGUAGGGAAGAACUUCCGGAAAAAAGCUCAAGAAGUCUUCAGUCAGCAGGGAAGUGCAUCAUCUUUCAGCACAUCAUCCACACGCACAAGCCUGUCGAGAAGCUUUAAACUGGUGAAUUUCUCAAGCUGAACUGCAAAAAUGUGACUUUUUUCAGAAGUCACGGUUUUUGGUUUUUGUCACACACUUUCAACAUAAUGACAUGGACUUUUUUCUAUUCACAGAUAAGAAAUGUAUGUGAAGUUUUAGCCAGUAUGUUUUUGUCUUAUGAGUAUAUGGGUUUCAUUUUGUGUAUUAACCACUGUUUGCAAAAAAGCUGAACAAGUCAAGACGAUGGUACGUUUACUUGGCUAGAAGCAUGAUAUACCCCUUUGACAGAUACCCAUCAGAUCUUGCUUAAUAUGAUCAUAGUAUGAUUGUUUGAUGUGGGUUGAACAUAACCAAGAGUUUUGACUAAGAGCACUGGUGGAAGGAGUAUUAUACAAUGAUUAGUUCAGACCAAGCAAUCUGAUUGAUCAACAAGAAAUUUAGAAUGUGCUCAAAUCAGCAUGACAGCACAUCUGACUCAUUACUCAAAAUAUUACUCCGCCAAGUCUGUGGCAACAUUAUAUCCAUCUCCAUGGCAACAUUAAACCUGUCAGAGCUGGAGUAGGAAAUGGUGGAAAAAUGGGCUACAAAAUGGAUCAAGUCAGCCUCCCAACCAGCUCUAAAACAUCACCUGGUAAACGGCAGAGAUCCCACAUGUACUUUAUGAACAGCUACUUCAACAACUGUAAUUUUAAUGGCAGUAUGCAAGUUAAUUUCUGUAAUAGCCCCAAACAGGUGCUGCAGGUCGCGAAGAUGCUGUCAGUGGAGACUUGACAGUGGAAACACACUUUAUUAAUUUGUUCUUAAAUAUGGCAGUACCUUUGAUUUUGUAUAUUAUUAAUAUUUAAAUAUUUAAGAGCACACUGGAGUUAAAUAAAGUGAUUAAUCUGGGAUGUCUCUGUUCUAUAUAUUAGAUAAUAAUAAGAUAAAAAUGAAACAAGUCUGAGCUGAGUAUUUUAACCCUAACCCGCGUUAAAACAUUAACGUCAGCUCACUUAUCUGAGACUAAAAAAUCCUUUCUGUUGCUAGGUCAUUACUAAGGGUUGGAUUAUUUGCUGUAGUGGUAAACUACGUUCCAUUACACAUAUGAGUCUACUGACGUGACUGAUUUUGUUUCAGUUAUUAGUCAGACCCCAUGUGUUUCCUUGGAAACGCGACGCACACUAGCAAAAACCUUUAAAAUUUGAGAGCAAAUUGUCCAUCAACAUGGAUAUAUUUUGAUUAUACAUUUUAUUUUUGUUGGUAUUAGUUGUAUAAUCGCAAUAUUACCCUCGAGGGUGUGCUUUAACGUCAUUUGAGCACUUCAGCACAAGUGCCUCGGUCCUGACCGCAUCACUGUCGUGCUCAAAUGACUUUAAAGCACACCCUCGAGGAUAAUAUUGCUUAAUUCAGAUCCUGUUUUUAAUAACACAUUAUAAAACGUAUACCAAUACAAGUAAAUGUCCUGCAUUCCAAACAUUACUCAAGACAAAGUCUGAGGGUAAAAUCAGCUUAAUGUACUUGUGAAAAGUAAAAGUAGUCAGUCAGCGUGUCAGUGUUUUCCUAUUAAAUCUUGUGUUUUUGGAUCAAUAUUAAGGCUGCAUGUGUGUGUUGCAUUUUACUGUUUUAGAGCUCAUUUGAACUACUCUGUAUAAUGUUUGAGCUACAUCAAUGCGUGAUAAUCUAUGAGAUCAUCGAAUGGUUUUAGUUUCGUCUUGUGAGAACUGCAUAUAUCAAAGUUGUUUUAGUCCCAACUGGAUAACAUAGGAAUGCAUUCGAGAGAAUUUAUAUGUAUACGGUAACAAUAUGUAUACUGUAAGCGGUCUGACAAAUGAAGAGUCUUAGAAAGUACGAUAUUUACCCCUGAGAUGUAGUGGAAUUGAAGUGGAGUAAAGAACAAGUAUCUUGAAUUUGUACUUAAUUACAGUAUUUGGGGAAAUGCAAUAGUUUCUCUCCAUCAUGGGCCAAGAGGCCAGUGACACAAAGAUGAAAGCACAGCUGUAUGCUGUCAAGGUAUGUUGCUUAUUUUGAUGGGCUCUUUUCCCAGUGAUAAACAUCUGUCAGUUUAGAUGACUUGGUCUGAUGAUGUUUUAGGUGUUUGUGUGGACUUGCCUGAUUUCAGGAAAGAAGGAAAAGAAAGGAAAGCUGCGGAGCGGGAAGGAGCAACAUGAUCGCAGAUGAUGAUCACAAAUCAGCGCCUGUUUAGUCAACAGAGCAGAGGAAAUGAACGCCAGGGAUUAGAUCCAUUUGACAUUGUGUAUUCUACCACGUCUGCUCCAACUUCCAAGGAAAUUUGACUCAAAUUUCUGUAUCUGCCAUUUUAGCACUUAGUCUGUUAAGUAGCAUAUGAAAGCACUGCUGAUGAAGCAACAGCAACAGGAAAAUGUUACAUCAUGUCAGUGCAACACCACAAUGUGUUUUUUAUUUUGAAGUAAUGGGCAUAAAUUACGAUAAUGGAAAUAAUGGACAAGAGAGACAGAAACACACUCUGUGUCUCUUGAGUGUCUUAACACUGUGGGAUGUAAUGUGUAAUGUGAGUCGUGUAAGAUUUUUACUGUGCACAUGUCUGUGAAUGUGUCUGAAUGUCAACUUGCUAUUUAUACACUGUACAUACAUUUGCAUGCUUGUGCACUUUGCUGUUUUUGUCGGUUCAGGUAUUAUUCAAACACACAGUAGCCUGAAGAGUAAUAGCUCACAAAAUCAUAGCAACGUCUCUUUAUGGUGUUAACACAACGUUACUGUUGCUCAAAUAACUUUUGUGUAUCAACUGUGGAACUUUAUUGAUAAUCAAUUUAUUAGAGUGGCAUUAAUGCAGAAGUCCAAGACUUCUUUUCCUGAUCCGCAAAUAAACUUACAGCUUUGUGUCUUUAUAUAGACAUGCUCAAUGAGUGACAUGGGAUUUGUGUUUUAUUUACUUUUCACAAUAAAUCAAGUAAGAACUC